UUGAGAGUAAAAAACCACAAAAUCAAGCGUAGGCCGCCGCUUCAUACACUCCAUCGGUGAGAUUUGGAAUCCAAACUCUGCAAAACCCUUCGCCGCCGCCGAGCAGCAGCCAAGCAAGAUCUCUACUUUUUCACAUUUCAGUAAUCAAUUUCUUGGGUGUGAUUCUGUGAGUUAGAAGAUGGCAGCAAAAUACAUAGUAGGUUCUUUACUUGGAGCAACUGCAGUUGCAUAUAUCGGUGACCAUCUUAUUUCUGACAAGAAAAUAUUCGGAGGAACAACUCCGAGUACUGUUUCAAACAGUGAGUGGUGGGAAGAAACUGACAAAAAAUUCCAAGCAUGGCCUCGUACAGCUGGUCCACCUGUGGUCAUGAACCCCAUCAGUCGCCAAAAUUUCAUUGUCAAAAGCCGCGACUCUUAAAUGUUACUUGGGUUGUCAACCUUUUUUUUGGAAAUACUUCCUAGUCAUUAAGCAGUUCUAAUCUGCUUUUUAUUUUGAGCGGUGAAAUUUGAAAGAUUUGUUGUUUGUUGUUGUGAUAGGCAUUCUUAUUUCCUGGUGUCAGGAUGUUCAUUCUAAAUAAAUCAGCGAAAAAAGAAACUUCCCCUCA